GACCCGCCCCGGGAAAGUUUCCCCGGCCGCCGGCGGAGUUGCGCGCGGUCCGGCCGCCGCGGCGGAAAGAGUUUCUCCUGAAGCCACCACCAGAGAGAGACCUCAAGAGAAUCCUGACACCCCUGAAAGGAAAAGAUACCAGUUGAAAGAGGUGGCGUCUCCUGGAUAGCACUGAGCUUGCAGUGGCAAGAGCUUCUGACACUGUCGUCAAAGCAACUUGAACCCUUUGAAUUUGGCUUCUAGAAACGAGGGCACGGUCCUUUUCCAGACGCCAGCCACUGAGGCAACUGUGGCCGAGUGCUUUUUAAGAUCUGUCCUUCGCUUGAUUUUGGUCAACCACAAACCUCCUGGCCCUUCAUCCCGCGUGCUCUCUUUCUCUCUCGCCUGUGGAUUCUGCAGCUCUGACUCAUCAGGCAGACAACUCAGCGGACAAGCUGGGCCAAUAAAAGAAAUACACAGCAGCCCCUUGGGCCAGGAGACGUCCUCUUGCUGACGCCUAAAGAACUGCCCAGGUGGAGCAUCAUGGAAGGCGACUGUCUGAGCUGCAUGAAGUAUCUGAUGUUUGUUUUCAAUUUCUUCAUAUUUCUGGGUGGGGCCUGUCUCCUGGGCAUCGGCAUCUGGGUGAUGGUGGACCCCACGGGCUUCCGCGAGAUCGUGGCUGCCAACCCCUUGCUCAUCACGGGCGCCUACAUCCUCCUGGCCAUGGGGGGCCUCCUUUUUCUGCUCGGCUUCCUGGGCUGCUGCGGGGCCGUCCGGGAGAACAAGUGUCUGCUGCUGUUUUUCUUCCUGUUCAUCCUGAUCAUCUUCUUGGCAGAGCUCUCCGCGGCCAUCCUGGCCUUUAUCUUCAGGGAAAAUCUCACCCGUGAAUUCUUCACCAAGGAGCUCACCAAGCACUAUCAGGGCAACAACGACACUGACGUCUUCUCUGCCACCUGGAACUCCGUCAUGAUCACAUUUGGUUGCUGCGGGGUCAACGGGCCUGAAGACUUCAAGUUUGCAUCAGUUUUUCGACUCCUGACUUUGGAUAGUGACGAGGUGCCCGAGGCCUGCUGCCGGAGAGAGCCCCAGACUCGGGACGGGGUCCUGCUGAGCAGGGAGGACUGCCUCCUGGGAAGGGACCUGUUUCUCAACAAGCAGGGCUGUUACACAGUGAUCCUCAACGCCUUCGAAACCUACGUCUACCUGGCCGGAGCCCUUGCCAUAGGGGUGCUGGCCAUCGAGCUUUUCGCCAUGAUCUUUGCCAUGUGCCUCUUCCGGGGCAUCCAGUAGAGGGCGUGACCUGAAGCCUGAAGACACCCUGCCCACCACUGCCCAGCACCAAUGCCCUCCCCUCCCCUGCACCCCUGCCCCCUUGGUCCCGGGGGAGGAGGUGAGACCAUCAUGAGUGACCAGAAGAAGGGGCAGGGGAAAAUAACUAUUUUUUUAUCAAAACAAAAUGACAAAAAUAUGGACUGAUGAUGUACCCCGCCUGGAUUCCAGGGUGGGAGCCAUGGGCUCUCUGCACCCAGGACAGUCUGCACUAGAGACCAAAGGAACACCAGUCCUAGGUCCCCUCCUUGGCCCUGCUGGACUCUGGCAGCCUCAGGACCUGGUGCCAAGAAAGUGAGGAUUUAUGCAACAAGGAGGCAGGAACAAAUCUUGGAGAGAGGUCCCCAGGGCCCAGGACCCCAAGGAGACUCAGUCACCAUGUCCUAGAGAACUCGCACCUCCCUUGCAAUCCCUGGUCCUCCAGUUGAUGGAGUUGUCCUGGCUCCUGCUAAGAGUGGGCUGCAGACCCCAGACCCCAGAAUGGCCUGGCUGGUGGACCAAAUCUGGGAGGCCCAGAGUGUCAGUCAGUCACACAGCACAUGUGUGACAUUCCAAAUAAGAACUGGGUCUCCAGGCUGCCCUCCACUCCCUCUGGGGCUCUGUCAGUCCAGCAAACCUUCUGCUCAUGCCCCUCCGACCUCAGCAUCAUGGUUUCCCCAAAAAAGACAGGGCAGGCUGGCCAGGAUAGCUCUUCCCUGUUGCACAGCUAAGAUGAUUUUGGACUGUCGCCCCUGGCUCCCCUCCUUCCUCCCCACACUUCUAAGCCCCCAGGAACACACAUGUACACACACCAGAGUCUCUUUUCCAUACUGCCCAUCUCCUCACGAGACCAUCCCCUUCUCUGUUUUCCACCAACUCCUGGGUUCCAGGGCUAGGAGCCCCUAAGUUCAUCUGGUCUUUUCCCCACCCAGAACCAUGGCUUGGAUAUCUUCUUUAAGAUCCUGGCCAAGACAUCUCCACCCUCCUCUUGUACACCUCCAGGGAUGGGGACCUUACUACCUCUCAAGACAGCAUUCUGCCUUUGGACUGCUGACUUCAGCAUCAGCUCAAUACACAGAAGAGACUUCCAUUUUUCUGUGGUUCCGUCCAAGGCAUACCACUUGCUCUCUCCUUCUUAAGUGUUAAGGCCACACACUGUCUGCCCCUGAGCUCCGUUAUCUCCAGGCUAAAGAAUUCCAGGACAUCAUUUCUGUGACAUGGUUUCCUGUCCCUUCACCGACCACAGCACAUUUCUAGUGCUCCUUCCAGGCUCAGGCAGGAAGAGGUCUUCCCACAGACUGACACCCACACACCACCCACAAAUCAGCCCUCAUAAUUCUAGACCAGCUGGAUUGUAAGAUGCCUGAUCAAUCAGGAAUGGCUGGUGGAGGCUGUGCAGAGGGUCUGAGGUUGCCCUGGGCUCAGUGGGAGAGGGCAGUGUAAUCCCGAUUAGUGACGUCUGCCACAGGCAUGGGAAUGGGAGGGAUAGCAGGCCCGGUGCCAGCUGCCAGCCUCCCCUCCUGCUUUCCACCCACUAGGCUUUGGCCUAGAGCCCAGUGCCCCCCUGCUCUGCCACCUGUCCCCUUCUGAGAUGCAGCCAGAGCUCCGUGCCUGCUGUAAAGAUUUGGUUAGACCUUCCUCUAUCUCUGCCUUCUCCCCUCCAACCCUCCCUCUAUUCCACCAAUUGGGUCUUUCCAAAUUACCCCUGUACCAGCCUCCCCUGGCAGUUCCAUGCCACAAGCUCCCUAGCAACUGGGCAUCCCAGGACCCAGGGGGCCCCGCAGCUGGUACCCCAGCCCAGCCUGAGAAGGGCCUGGGGCCUGCCCCUCCAGGUCCACCCACAUACUUCUACACAAGAGGCAAUGGCUGGCCUGAGGUUGACAAAAAGAAACUCAGGCUGGCUAGGCAGGACUCGAGGUCGAGUUGGCAGCUGUGUGGCUCCAGUCCAGAGAAGCCCAGGAGAACCUGGGGCCAUGGAGGUGGUAAGUGCCUGUAUGGCACCACCCCCUCCUGGGCCCCAUUCGAGUUUGAGGGAGAUCGUGGAGGACCAUUUGGCUGAGGCGGGCUCCUGGGUGGAUGUGAGACUCUCUUGCCAAGGGCUUUCCAGAAAGGUGCCAAGGAACCCUGAAUCUGACCUGCUGACCUCCCCAGCCACUGGCCACACUCAGGCUAGUGGCUCUUUGCAGGACUCCCUGUGGUCAUUCUGAGGGGCAGGGGUAUGGAAGUGCCACCCCAAUCUAAGGAGCCCCCCCAGGCUCCAGAUCUGGCCGCGCUGGUCCAGGUACAGCCCAUAUGUUAUAGGUGCUGGCGGCAGCUGAUGGCUGCUGGGGGAGGGAGCAGGUAGGGAUGCCCUGCAGACCUACGGAUAACAGGGCAAGGGCCAGGGAAGACCACACGUGAGUCAAGUACCGGCCCUGCUCACCCUGCUCCUAAACUACUGCUUCUGGGAAAAGGGACACAUCUUAGGGGCUGGGGCCCAUGCUCGGGCUCCCUUAUUCUUCUCAUAUCCAUCCCUAAGGGGCCCAUACCGGACCCCCAAACUAGCUGAGGCCCCAGCAGCCCAUCUCUGCAGAAGCCCCCUCUCCACUCCCCCGUGGGCCAUUGAAAGUCUAUUUUGAAAAUUGUAAAUGUCUUCACAGUAGGUAGCAGAGCUAAUUUAUCAUGUUUAUUCCUGUGCGCCCCUUUUAUAUUAUAUACCCAGAGUUUUGUAAUAUAAAACAGGACACCCACACUGAUGGUUUUGCACUGGUUUUUGUGACCGUUUCUUACAAAAUGAAAAAGGAACGAAGAAUAAAUAGUGACCGUGAA